GAAAAGGUGAUUAGCAUCGCGGGCGCACUUCACGCCGGCACAAGUGGUUCAAUUAAAUUAAUGGAAUUAGUAAAACAAAUUCGCUACGUUAGGUGCCGCCCAUUGACAAUGCCGGCUGGCAUUAAACGAGUACCACUUGGACAACUUCGUGGGUAUUUGACAAAUGUUAAUGUAUGCAAAUAUGAAACAGCGAAAGUCUACGCCCAGCAGCCAGCAGCCGGUACAACUGGAUACCUUCACCUUGUUGCACCUGCGCCUAUAUCAGUUCCUAGGCCUGUGUUCAGUGCCAUUGCAAUUGAAAUGUGACCUCGCCACAGUCAAUCAACACCCGCAGCGUUCCAGCACACAUCCAACUUGGCGGCUCCUGCUGAUUUGGCAUUGUUUGCACUUCAUAUUCUUUGGUUUGCUGCAGUUUUGGACAAGCACCAAUCAUGAUUCAAUACUCUACAAUAGCGAUCGUUUUGGAAAAUUCAAUGACAUUCUAAAGUUGAUUGCCACGAUUUCUGCACAUUUUGUAAUACUCAGCGAAACCAUACUGCAGCGCAAAUAUAUGCAAAAGUUUCUCAUCACCUACUCACAACUCCAUUGCAAAUGGAGUUUAGGAACUUACCGCGAAGAAUACGGUCUUUAUAGGACAUACGUAUGGAAAGUUAUUAUUUCCACCGCCGUUUAUUUGAGUAUUGUUGUUAAUUAUACGCAGUCGAUCGCCACGCGUCGUCAGUGGUUAACGUUUUUCUUACCCUUUAUACCGAGUGGCUUCAUUUGCCACUUUCGUUCAAUAGAAAUUAUGUAUUUUAUGGAUAUGUUACGCAUCGAAUUGGAACAGCUCAAUAAGAAUGUAGAGCGGCUGGUACUUUUUAGUCAGCGUAAAUUCCAAACGAGCGCACAAAGGCUGGACUAUUUCGAGCAGACAAUUUGUGAUGAGUUGCAGACGCUAAUGAAGAACUAUGAAGAUAUUUACGAAAUGAGUGUCUUGUUGAAGAAAGCUGUGGGUGCAUCUAUCGCCUGUAACUACGUUAAGGAAUAUGUAAUGAUUUUGUCCGAAUGCUACUGGUCCUAUUGGAUGAUAUACACAGGCCAGGAUAUAAUUGAGUACUCUUUGAUAGUUCCUUCUGCCAUGACCAUCUUUCUUUUGUUAAUAACGUCACGAAAUUGUAUGCGAUCGGCAAAUUUCCUUGCACACAAUGUGCACAAAAUUCGUCACGACUUAGAAGAUCUCAACAUCUCAACGCGGCUACAAAACUUCACUUUGCAAAUACUACACCAGCGAAUCAUAAUCGAUGGCUUUGGUUUCUUCGUGCUGAAUUGCAAUAUGGCAAGAGAUGUGCUGGGUUCAAUAGCCACUUAUAUGCUCUUCUUUAUACAGUUUAUGCCCAAGUUCAAAAAUAUCUAAGGCACAAAACUACGAUUGCGUGCAAACAUUUGUAUGUGCA